UGGAAGUGCCGUGCGCCGGCGCUAGCCCGGGCUGAAGGGUCGGCGCGAGCCGGAGCGAGAGGGAGCUCGAACCGGGAAUCCAAAGCCAGUGGCCACCUGCCCGCCGCUAAUAUGACCGCCAACAACACUACCGCUGGCUGCCGCUUCGCCGAUUACUUCGUCAUCUCUGGUCUGGAUCUCGAGACCGGUUUGGAACCGGACGAGCUCUCGGCUUUAUGCCAGUUCUUACAGGCUUCUAAAGGCAGAGAUGGUGCUGGCCGUGUCAGUUCAAGUACAGACGAAGGUGAAAACUAUGAGCAGAGUCCAUUGCGAAGAACUUUUAAAUCUAAAGUAUUGGCUCACUAUCCAGAGAAUGUGGAAUGGAACCCUUUUGACCAGGAUGCUGUUGGGAUGCUCUGCAUGCCCAAAGGGCUUUCCUUUAAAACACAAUCUGACAACCGAGAUCCGCAAUUCCAUUCGUUCAUCAUCACCCGUGAAGAUGGUUCCCGCACCUAUGGAUUUGCCCUCACGUUUUAUGAAGAGGUGGCUAGUAAACAGAUCUGCAGUGCAAUGCAAACAUUGUAUCACAUGCAUAAUGCAGAACAAUAUGACAUCCUUCAUACUUCGUCUACGAUCUGCAUAAACUCAACUGAGAGUAACUCUGAUAGUUGCAGUGAUAUACCUACAGGCAUGACAAAACUACAGCGUUUUAAUUCAUAUGAUAUUAGCAAGGACACUUUGUAUGUCUCGAAAUGCAUUUGCUUGAUUGCACCAAUGCCUUUUAUGCAAGCUUGUAAGAAGGUGCUUGAGCAACUCCAUCAAGCUGUGACUUCUCAUCAACCUCCUCCAUUACCACUAGAAAGUUAUGUUUACAAUAUACUGUAUGAGGUGCCUUUGCCGCCAGCAGGGAGGUCUUUAAAAUUUCUGGGUGUAUAUGGUCCAAUUGUUUGUCAAAGGCCAAGCACCAAUGAAUUACCACUUUUUGACUUUCCAAUUAAUGAGAUGUUUGAGCUAUUGGGUCUGGAAAAUGUACUACAGCUCUUCACGUGUGCACUGCUGGAGAUUCAAAUCCUGCUGUAUUCUCAACAUUACCAACGACUGAUGACAGUAGCAGAAAGUAUCACUGCAGUACUCUUCCCCUGUCAGUGGCAGCAUGUGUAUGUCCCUAUCCUCCCUGCAUCGCUCCUUCAUUUUUUAGAUGCUCCUGUUCCUUACUUGAUGGGUUUACAUUCGAAUGGGCAGGAUGACCGGUCCAAAUUAGAGUUACCACAGGAGGCAAAUCUAUGCUUUGUGGACAUAGACAACCAUUUUAUUGAACUUCCAGAAGACUUGCCACAGUUUCCAAAUAAACUAGAGUUCAUUCAAGAAAUCUCAGAAAUCCUAAUGGCAUUUGGGAUUCCACCUGAAGGGAACCUGCACUGCAGUGAAAGUGCCUCUAAGCUGAAGAACUUUAAAGGAAGUGAUGUGGUCUGUGAUAAGAAGAAUGGAAAUGUUGCUGGGUCAGCAUUGAACACUUAUGAAUUGCUAAAGGAAAAUGAGACCAUGGCAAGGUUGCAGGCUCUUGUCAGAAGAACUGGCGUCAGUUUAGAGAAGUUGGAAUUGAGAGAGGAAGCUGGAAGUAACAAAGAUUUGAAGGUUCACUGUGAUGAGGAGGAGCUGAAGAUUCAUCAGCUCAACAUCCAAAUCAGGGAAGUCUUUGCCAAUCGGUUUACUCAGAUGUUUGCAGAUUAUGAGGUGUUUGUAAUUCAGCCAAACCAGGACAAGGAAUCUUGGUUCAGCAACCGGGAACAAAUGCAGAACUUUGAUAAGGCCUCUUUCCUUUCAGACCAACCAGAGCCUUACCUGCCAUUCCUGUCCAGAUUCCUUGAAACACAAAUGUUUGCCUCAUUUAUUGACAACAAAAUAAUGUGCCAUGAUGAUGAUGAUAAGGACCAAAUCUUAAGGGUAUUUGAUGCCCGAGUUGACAAAAUCAGAAGUUUGAAUGUUAGAACACCAACGCUUCGUACAUCAAUGUAUCAGAAAUGUACUACCAUAGAUGCAGCAGAGAAGGCCAUUGAGCAAAGACUUGCAAAAAUUGACCACACUGCUGUACACCCUCAUCUGCUGGAUAUGAAGAUUGGCCAGGGAAAAUAUGAAUCUGGAUUCUUUCCCAAACUGCAGUCAGAUGUACUUUCCUCUUCACCAGCUAGUAACAAGUGGGUAAAGCGGAGUGCCCCAGCUCAGUGGAGACGAAAGGACAGGCAAAAGCAACACACAGAACACCUACACCUGGAUAAUGAUCAAAGGGAGUAUGUGGAUUGUCUGACGCCUGAACCGGAGAUCGUAUUGUAUUUCAACUUGGACAGGCGUAACCAGAUUACUAGGACCUCUGUAAAAUCUGUGUCUGAGUUUUAUCUGAAAUACAUACAGGAAGCUCGGAAUCUUGGAACGGGCAUGCGUCAGCCUAAGUUGUCCAACCUGUCUCCAUCAGUAAUUGCACAUACCAACUGGAAAUUUGUUGAGGGCCUGUUGAAGGAAUGUCGUAAUAAGACUAAGCGCAUGUUGGUAGAGAAAAUGGGGCGAGAAGCAGUGGAACUGGGUCACGGUGAGGUGACUAUCACAGGGGUGGAAGAGAAUACACUGAUUGCCAGUCUCUGUGAUUUGUUAGAAAGAAUAUGGAGUCAUGGCCUACAGGUCAAACAGGGUAAAUCGGCACUAUGGUCUCACCUGUUACAUUACCAAGAGACUAAGGGAAAAAAAGAAGCUGUAUUAGGAAGCACCAACAGCACAGGAAUCAUCCAAGAUCUGGAGAGGAGAAAAUUUGAUUGUCCUGCCAUGCCUCCCUUAAAGAUCUCUCUGACCCAGGAUAUGAGACACAUCCAGAAUAUUGGUGAGAUAAAAACUGAUGUGGGCAAAGCUCGAGCUUGGGUGAGACUCUCUAUGGAGAAGAAACUGCUGUCCAGACAUCUCAAGCAGCUCCUCUCAGACCAUGAAUUAACCAAAAAACUAUAUAAACGCUAUGCCUUCCUUCGCUGCGAUGAUGAGAAGGAACAAUUUCUUUACCACCUUCUUUCAUUCAAUGCAGUGGAUUACUUCUGCUUUACUAAUGUCUUUACAACAAUCAUGAUUCCGUACCAUGUGUUGGUCAUUCCCAGUAAAAAGUUAGGUGGCUCCAUGUUUACAGCCAAUCCCUGGAUCUGUAUAUCAGGAGAACUGGGAGAGACGGGUAUCUUACAAAUACCCAAAAGUAUCCUUGAAAUGACAUUUGAGUGUCAGAACUUGGGAAAGCUUACAACAGUGCUGAUUGGCCACGAUAACUCAGGGUUGUAUGCCAAGUGGCUGGUGGACUAUGUUGUUGUCAGGAAUGAGAUAACGGGUCACGCAUACAAGUUCCCAUGUGGUAGGUGGCUAGGAAAAGGGGUGGAUGAUGGGAGCCUGGAAAGGAUCCUGGUUGGAGAACUUGCUUCAGCCACUCAAGAACCUGAUGAGCGUCACUGUCGGACACCCCCUAUGCAGCAAUCUCCAAGUAUGAUCAGGCGAUUUGUCAAUAUAACGCCUACCAGCAGACAGAAGCUAAAUACUGGUCAGAUACAAGAAUCUGUCGGUGAAGCUAUUAAUGGGAUCGUCAAACACUUUCACAAGCCUGAGAAGGAGAGGGGAAGUCUUAUGUUACUGCUCUGUGGAGAAAAUGGACUCGUGUCAGCUUUAGAACAGGUGUUCCAUCAUGGAUUCAAGUCCCCUCGACUCUUCAAAAGUACUUUCAUUUGGGACUUUAUGGAAAAAGCCUAUGUAUACUUUGAGAGCUUGGAACGUAUUGAACUUACCCAGGAAGAGAAUUGGCAAACCAGGGCCAAGAAUUUUUGUAAGUUUGUUGCUGCUAUAAAUGGUGCCCCCAGGAACAUUGGAAAGGAUGGGAAAUUUCAACUUCUGGUGUGUCUGGGAGCAAGGGAUCAUCUGUUGCAUCACUGGAUUGCUCUGCUUGCUGACUGCCCCAUCAUCGCUCAGAUGUAUGAAGAUAUUGCUCUGAUUAAAGACCACACCCUAGUUAACUCCUUAAUUCGAGUGCUGCAAACCUUGCAGGAAUUUAAUAUCACACUUGAAACAUCACUGGUCAAAGGAAUUGAUAUUUAAAGCAAAUCGCCAGCAUCUAAAAGAAGAGUUUGCAGAAAUGGUGCAUACGUGACACAAAUUUUGAAAUUAAAAAUACAUGCAAUAUUGGAAUUCAGCAACUUGUUUUGAAGUUGCAAGAACUAUUCGCCAUAUUAUAUGUGCAGUGACCCUUUUUGAACCUGUACCUGAGGACACAUCAGGCUAUUCUAAGGUUUGAAAGAAUGCGCAUACACUCCGAUUUUAAUGUUUACUGUCAACUGUCGGUAGGUUUGCUUGUUGAAUAGUAAUGCUCAGCCUGUUCAAGAACGAUGCUUGUUUCAAACUUGUUUUUCUAAAGAAAGUAAAAAGUAUUAAGUUUGUUUUAUUUUUCUGCAGAUGGCCAAUACUUGCACUGUUAACUUGCAAUUUAAAUAGUGUCUGAAUUUUUAAAAAAUGUACAUAUAUCCAGUGCACUGAAUUGUGCAUAGCAUUUACUUUGUAGCUGCUUAAAGUGUACAUAUAUACAUAUGUUUGUAAGAAUAUAUAUAUGUGUGUGUAAUAUGUAUAAUAUACAAACAUACACAUAGACAGUAUUCUUGUAAAUUUAAUUGGAGUAUAGGUAGUAUUUUUUCAAAUGUUGAUGGGUUAAAUAUAAGAGACUGAUAUUGUUCUGAGAAAAUACACUCAUUUGUAUUUCUUUUUGAUAAAAAAAAUACUCAUUC